CUCAGCCUUUUUAUGUGUCUUGUUUCAGUUUUGGUCUUCAAAACAAAUCAAAAUGGCGUCUCACGUUUUAAGAAUGAAUAUGCAAGCGCAGUUCUUAUUUAAAAAUUAAAUAUAGAAAUAAAUUAUGCAAGAAAUCUCACCUUGUACUCAUCUAACUUGACGAUACAUUCUUCAGAAACUUUUGUUUGGCUGAAAGUAUUUGCAGAAUUUUUAUCAAAAUUUCAGUUAAGUUAUGGCAUCUACUGAUUCUUUGCAGCUGCCCAUUGUUCCAUUAGGCAACAAGCCCAUAACACGACACCAGGGAAUGGUGCGUUCACGUACUAGUCCGAUGGUCUCUCUUUCUCUCAAUUACGACACACUUCAGGAGAUUGUGCAACUUAAACAGAUGAAAGAAUCUGGAGCCGUUUUGCCUGAUUUACUACGAGAGAGGUUUUUCUCUACCUACUCCAAACUAUUCAGAACAGAAGAUGAAGGUCAGAGAAGUGAAGACGUGAACAACAUCAGUUCGACAGAGAGAGGUGUUGUCAGAACCACCAGAUCCGCCGACCCAUUAACUUCAAAGACGAUGAUGCCGCUAGCACAAACAAACAAUCGCCUGGUGCAACUGGCCAAACCGAAGCAGAACCACCAGAAGUCUUUCAGUCCACAGGAGAGGGGGGACUCUAUCGUGCCUCACUUGGGGGAUGUGUCCUACCAUAUGGCUCAGGUGCACGAUGUUCGGACCAGUGCCACUUUCCAGCAGAAGUUCAACAUGGCUCUCAAGGACCUCAGACAACUACUGCAGAUACUGCCGUUUGAGAGGACGACUGAGGAGAACAGUAGGAUAGCGGAGGCUCUGGUGGACAUGAAGAGUGGUGUAUUGAAGGAGAUCCCUCAGAACAGACUGUCCAAGAGACAGCUACUCAGAAGGGUGGCAUGCAUAGCCACUCUGGACACUUACAAGGAAGAGGACAUGACAGUGUUUGGCAACCAGGGUCUGUUCAUGGUGCUGAGGGGGUCUCUCAGUCCCCUGACCCUACCCUCCAUCCGAAGACAGAGGGACAAGGAGGGGGGAGAGGACACUCUCUUCAGACAGCCCACUCCUCUUCUCAAAGACCCACGCGAGUUCACGAUCGGUGUCGGGGAGUGUUUCGGCACGUUGUACAGUUUACCCGACAGAAGCGUGAAUUCAAGGGUGUUGUCAGCCAUGACUUGUCAGCCAGGAGUGGAACUGCUCAAAAUAUCUUCAUCUGCAUUCGAGAACCUCAUCAAGAAGAUGAAUGCAGCCGACCAUAUGGAGAAGUUGUCUCUUCUGCGGAAGUGUGAACAGUACUCCCAGUGGCCUCAGAUGUCCCUGGAGGAAAUAGCACAUGUGUUAGAGUGGGUUACAUUCCCCAAGGACGAAAUGUUGGUAGAAGAGAAUAGAGUGGCCCCCUUUAUAGGCAUCGUGGCCAGUGGGACCUGCAAGGCAUACAGGACCAUAGACACCAUGCACAAACUGAUCACGGGCAAACGGGAGCGCCGUGUGAAGCGAAUGUUGAUUGGUGAGUUGGGGGAGGGCCUGAGCAUGGGGGAGAUCAGCGUGAUCGAGGACAUGAACAGCACCUGUUCCAUACACACGGCCACACCUGUCCUCAUGGCCAUCAUUACUCCACGAAAACUGAGAGACCUCAACCCGGUUACAGUGAGUCUCAUCCAACAAUCUAACAAACCGACAUUCGGCCAUGUGGACUCGGAGUGGCUGAAGGACGAGUACAUUCGGAGUGAAAGUGAAAGGGAGUGGAGACAAUUUAAGAGACAGAUUGUGACGUCAUCCAUCAGGGAGGCCCAGAUACAUCCAGGAACUGGAAAAUGGACCACACCGAAGUCACAAACUGAAGAAGCGAGAAUAAUCGGAAAACAAAGGGAGAACAAUGGAGAUAAUUGAGAACAAUUGUGUGUUUUGUUGCGAGAAAGACCGGCCUAGAAUUAAACGACAACUAAUAUACCAAAACCAGCCAGAGCAACUAACUUAAAAAUUGUUCUCACUUCAUGAAAAAAAUCUUUGAACCAAA